CGCCACGACUCCCAACACCAAACCGACGGCCGGAUCCCCGCCGCGGAGCGAGCUCAAGUCCACCCCGACUUGUCCUCUCCCUCUUUCGCCCGCCGCCUCCGCCUCGACGCGACGCUGCCCAGACCAGCGAAUGGCCAUGGCCGUGAUCCGCCUUGCGGGGCCCGCCGCCCUACUCCCGCCCGCGCCGUCUCUGCGGCCCCGGGCGCCUCGCGGGCGCGCCGCGCGGCGGCUGGGCUUGCGCGUGAGGUGCCGCGCCGGCGGGGACGGGGAGGAGGAGGAGGCGCCGGAGUCGCUCUUCGCCAGGGAGCUCCGGCGGCGCGGGAUGGCGCCGGGGGCCGCGGCGCCGGCGGAGGCCAAGGAGGCUGAGCAGGGGGGAGCGGCGGAGGCCGGGAGGAAGCGCGGCGUGGCGGCGGCGGCCGAGUUCGAGCGCGGCGCCGCCGCGGACGGCCAGCGGGAGCGCUCCAUGGCGCUCAACAGCGAAGGGCUCGAGGGUCUUGUACCGCGGGCAAAGUUACUAUUGUCACUUGGUGGUACCUUCUUUCUGGCAUUUGGGCCCCUGAUUCUUGUCACUGUUUCUCUCUUUGCUGGAUUAUAUGUGUACUUUGGACCAAGUUUUGUACAUGAUGCAAGCAAGAAUCCAGUAUCGCCACCGCCAUACAUUGAUCCAUAUCAGCUACUGGAAGACGAGAGGCUCACCCGGCCCUCCCCGGAUGUGUUCUGAACCUGAAUAGUGCAAGAACAAGUGCACUAGUGACCACAAGAAAUGGUCAUACAUACAUAGCUUAAUACUUUUUUUGUUUUACUAGGCGACUAGCUGUAAAUGCAAAGAUAGCUGUAGACUGUUAUAAUCAAGCAUUUCAACACGAUAUCCCAUUUCAAGCAUUGCUCCUGACGACAGUCAUGAGACGAGAAUGCAUUUUUUUCCCUUUUUUGUUUGAGGAAGAGAGGAUUAUUGUUGUUGUGUGUGUAUUCUCCGUUUCAUGUCCAGGUGUUUAUAUAGAAGCACAACCUAUCCUAAUAAACACUUACAAACUAUAACAGUUUACUCAAUCUCUA